UUUCUUGCAUUUUUAAGACAAAUUCUUGUAAUUCUACUAGGAGAUAUAAAUCAAAUAUUGUUUGGUCAUGGAAUCAAUUCUGAAUCACAAAGUGAAAGGAAUACAACUUAUUAAAAGUUAAACCAAAUGUUAUAGAAUGUGAUAUUACAUGGUUAAUGGGAUUAAAUUGGGAAAGAAUUUAAUCAGGUGUGUAAAAGAAUGAUAAACCAAUCCCUAUAUAUAUGACAAGUGUGGAUCAAUUUUGACUUAACCUCGUGACAGCAAUCUCGCAGUCACACGCAUCACUGGUUAUAUAACAAAACAUCGAUAAUUACAACCUAUAAUCUUACAUCGGGAAGUCAUCAUAAAAACGUCUGAUGUCUGAUUCAUAGGAUAGAUGAAACUUUUACGAGCUUAUUAAAGAAUAUGUUGCUUUAUAUUUUUUUUUAAAACUAUAGAAGCACUCUUCCGAGUAAUAAAUGAGGAUAACUUUGAAAUAGAAUCAAUAGUUGUCUAAAUGACUUUCGUGUUCGACUGUGAAAAAUAUAGUGCAACGUUAUACAUCACAGAAAAAUAAUGUUUGGUUAGGCUUGGCAGUUGUGUCUAUCAAACUGUUCAUUGGAAUUGUUUAAUAAUAUCUUAUCUUUAUUUGAAAUGACUGGACUCAUUCGCGCAUUAUACGAUGGAAUGCAAAUGCCUUUAAUUUAGAAAUUUUAGUAUAUACAUUUUAAUAGAUCAAUACGUAUAGCUUACUGUUAUAAUUAUAACAAUUUACUUCAAAGAGUAAUUCGAGAGCAUUUAGCUAUUUGACAGUUGAAGGUUAUGAAAUUUUUAGAAGGAAACCAAUGACAGAGUUUUUCACCAGUUUACGCCAUUUUUUCCUGAAUGAUUUAAUAAUGAACGGAACAGAGGAAUGUACAGUAUGGUGGUGUGAUAAAUCAGGAACAUUGCUGACUCUAGAAAUUAUCGCGAUAAUCCUGUGCAUCGUCGGAGGCUUGGGAAACAUAAUAACAGUUCUAGCAAUAUGCUUCUCUAGUUUACGGAAUAACAUUAACUGUAUUUUGAUUGGGAGCCUUAGUUUUGCUGGAUUUUUAUAUUGUGGUCUUAUAUUGCCCUUGCAGGCAGUUAUAUUUCAUCGCCAUAGCAACGCAGUGCCACAAGAGUUUUGUAGCGCCGCCGGGGGUAUAAGGUACACACUUGUUGGCGUUAUUUUGGUGCACUUGGGGAUAAUUGCGUUUUAUCGGUAUCUCAAUGUGGUACAUUUAGCACAGUAUCAGAAUCUUUCACAGAAAAGACCACUUAUGAUUACGAUAGCCAUUGGCUGGAUUUUACCACUCCUUUUUACAGCUCCGCCAUCAUUCCGAAUCUGGGGAGGAUUCACCUUUGUCCCCGCCAUUUUAGCUUGUACUUUUGAGAAAGGUAUAGACCAAUCAAAUAGAAUUGUGACAGUCACAUGUGGCUUUAUUGUUCCAUGCAUUUUUAUUAUAUUUUGCUAUGCUAGAAUAGGCUGUGUGGCUUACGGUAGUUCCAAGCGUGUUAGUCAAUGGCAUGGCAACGUAUCACAAACGAGAGCACUGCGACUGUCAGCCAUGAUGUUAUGUAUAUUCGGUGUAUAUUUUUUAGGAACUUUUCCGUAUUUUAUUGUAAAUGUUUACGAUAGAACAUUUUCAAAGCCGAUUCACCACUUAUGGACAACUGUUCUCGGGUGGAUUUUAUAUUGUGCAAAUCCGAUAGUAUAUACUGUGAUGGACCUUAAUUUCAGGACAGCAUAUCGUCGAUUUCUUCUAGGAGACUGCGAGAAAAGUCCACUGAGAAGGGGUCCAACUGCAACUUAUGUUUAGAGAUUUAAUUUAUUCUCGUUGACCAUGUUGUUUAGUUUUUAGGUACACUUGUUAUUGAACAACACCGGACAUUCGAGAAAUGUUUCAAAGUGUGGUAUUAACAAAUUGCUUUGACAAAUGCAAAGUAUUUUUGUUUAAAAUAGAACAUAGGUUGAAAACAUAUUCGUUAAACUUAUGAAUGGACAACACAGUUAGUUCCUAUUAUCUAAUCCUUUGUGCAGAUUAGAAAGUGAACAUAUGAAAAGAUGCUAACAAUAUUGGGAUGAUUAUGUUUGUAUAUAUAUGACUAAAUGAAGUCGUGCAUAACGAACACAAUCCGAAAGUUUUCUAUAGAAGGAAUCGUAUUUUUUAAUAUUUAUUAUUAUAUUAAUGUCUGAAAUAAAUUAUUUUGUAUGAAAUUAUGUACCCAGUCUUUUAAAUACUAUUUAAAGUGCAUAAUUUCAAUUACACUUUCUUAUUCCAUGAUAAAUCUGAACAAUGCACCAAUUAAUAGCAUCUUCAGAGUCACUUUCGUGCAAAUUAUGCUCUAUUCGAACGGGUUUUCCAGAUUGUUUGUUAAGAGAGAUGAAAACAUCUUAAGAAUUACAUCCAAAUCAAAAACAAAUUAUGUC